GGAAGAGUGUUUAAAAUCACGCGUGAGAAGAAGCCACAUGGUACACCGGUUUUAAGCAGGCUACAGUCCUUUCGUCAGAUUUCAUCAAUUUUAUGAAACGAAAAACUAGUAAAAAUGGCUUUUGGUGGCAUGACUCAAUCGCAAAUGCAGCUAGUGGCUGAACUGGAAAUAGAAAUGAUGGCUGAUAUGUAUAACAGAAUGACAACAGCCUGUCAAAAGAAGUGUGUCCCACCCAAAUACAAAGAAGGUGAUCUAACAAAGGGAGAAUCAGUCUGCCUCGACAGAUGUGUAGCUAAAUACUUAGAAGUUCAUGAAAGAAUUGGAAAGAAAUUGACAGAGAAAUCUAUGCAGGAUGAACAAGUUAUGAAACAACUUCAACAACAACAGAAACAACCAGGCAGCUGAUCUCCAGUUUGACUUUAAUAAAUGUAACCUAGGAAACAA